AGGUCGGAGGGUAUCCCUGGACGUGAGCAGAGUGCAGGUUGUUACUGGGCCGAGGACACUAACAGUCCCAUGUGGGCCCAAUGUUACCUUAGGUACCCUUCGGCCCAUUCAACUAGGCCUCACAACGUGGGCUCAGGUCUUGAUGGGCCCAAACACGGCUCGUGGGCCCACCGAGCCCGAGCCCUGCUGGCCGGGCCCAAAUGGGAGGGGCCAGCCCACCUCAAGCCCCCGACGCUUCCCACGUGGGCCACCGCAUCAAGGAAUCCAGCCCGUCCGAUUCGCAAGGGACGGCCCAGCAUCGGGCCGUACGCCCCCAUCGCCAUCCACUCGUCCACGACCCCCGCGCUCAGCCGCCUCUGCCUCGCCGCCGACCGCCGCUCCCCUCGCCGCCGACCGCCGCGUGCUCCUCGUGGGGGAGGUGGGCCCCACGACCCUCCCCGCCUUUCUUCUGCAGGCGCGUAACGAAUACGACCUGCUGCUAGUGGUGAGCAUCAGAGGAGAGCGGAUUCGAUUGCUUCUCCUCUCGUCGUGCUUGAGUCUGACCGGAAGUGAUCCGUGCUUGGUGUGUUUCUGUGCUGUGGCCUGCUGCUGCUGCUGCUGCUGCUGCUGCUGCAAGGAGGGUUUCGUGCGGUCGCUGCUGCGGCGGAGGGCGGCGGUGCUGCAUCGGGCGAUGGCGCGGCCGCCGAUCCUGUCCGUUGCGCUGCCGUCCGACACCGGCCGCGUGCUCAGCAUCCAGUCCCACACCGUCCAGGGGUAUGUUGGCAACAAAUCAGCCGUAUUUCCCCUGCAACUUCUUGGCUUUGAUGUGGAUCCGAUAAACUCUGUACAGUUUUCUAAUCAUACAGGAUACCCAACAUUUAGGGGCCAGGUUCUCAAUGGCAAUGAGCUGUGGGACCUUAUUGAAGGACUGGAAGAAAAUGAAUUAUUGCAUUAUACACAUUUAUUAACAGGUUAUAUAGGUUCUGUUUCCUUUUUAAAUGCUGUGCUACAAGUUGUGGACAAAUUACGAUCAGUCAAUCCUGAUCUUACAUAUGUUUGCGACCCAGUUCUUGGUGAUGAAGGAAAACUAUAUGUUCCUCAGGAGUUAAUAUCUGUUUAUCAACAGAAGGUUGUCCCAGUUUCUUCUAUGCUUACACCUAACGAAUUUGAAGUUGAGCUACUUACUGGAUUGAGGAUUACCUCCGAACAAGAUGGCUUGACAGCUUGCAAUACCCUCCACAGUGCUGGACCACGGAAGGUGGUCAUAACUAGUGCGCUUAUUGAAGGCAGGCUGCUCCUUAUCGGAAGUCACAAAAAGACAGAGGAACAUCCGCCAGAACAAUUUAAGAUUGAGAUACCGAAGAUACCUGCAUAUUUCACAGGAACUGGAGAUCUAGCAACUGCUCUUCUAUUAGGAUGGAGUAAUAAAUAUCCUGAUAACCUCGAGACAGCCGCUGAACUGGCAGUAUCCAGUUUGCAGGCAGUCCUAAAAAGAACUGUGGAAGACUAUAAAAGGGCUGGCUUUGACCCAUCAACUAGCAGCUUAGAGAUCCGGUUGAUUCAAAGCCAGGAUGACAUUCGUAACCCAGCAAGGACAUGCAAGGCUGUGAAGUAUAGCUGAAUCCAUAGUAAUUGUGAGAAGCAUCAUGAAACUGGUACGUGAAAGUUGUUGUAGCUCAUGGAGAAGUGCUCUUAAGCCGAUUGUGGACUUCCGCAAGUAUACCAGGACUCCAACAAGUGCCUGCCUCCAGUUUUAUGAUCAUUGUUUCAACAUACUUUAUCGCUUCAGUUUUGGAAUACCGUUUCUAUUAUAUUAUAGUUCCAAAAUCACAAUGAAUCAAAUAUCAGAAAACAAGAAUAAUUAACACGCUGCUUUUGUUACAAUUUGUCAGAAUGUCAUGGGCAUAUCUCAUAGAUUGUACAAAUGGUAGAGGCAUAUUUGAAGUGCCAUUGCAUACAAUGAAUAAAUAGCAGUUGUUGUUGUUGUUGUUUUAGCAA